AUGACGGUGGAUUUUGUGUUUUAUAUUGCUUUAUUUGGAUUUAUGGAGAGUUUUGGCGAUGGAUUUGGUUAUGGUAAGUAAAAAAAAAUUAGGAAAAAAUUGAAGGGACAGAAUCGGCGAGAAAGAUGGUUGAAUAUCUCGACGGCCGCUGCAAAACAUGAGCUAAAAUUUUUAGAAAGUGAUUAGAAGCCCAUAUAACUCGUUUUUACGUAAUCUUACGAAGGUACCACUUUAUACGAUGAAACAUGUUUGGAAAGGUUUUGUCGUAUAAAAUGUCAGUUUAAGAGCUGAGAUUUUCAGGAAUAAAUUUAGAUUCAUUUUUUAGGGAUUUACAGGUGGCCGGCCUAUGUUUGAUGAGUAGACAGAAUAAAAAAAAAUCAAAUAUUUUUUUUGCAUUUAUUCCAAAAAUUUUAUUUUUUUUUAUUUUUUUUCUACAAAAGUUUUAGAUUUUUGAUAUUAUAAUUCAGGUGACGAAAAAUGCUUUGAACCCUUUGACAUUGGGCCUUGCACAUUUUUCGUGAAGAAAUGGUAUUACGACCAGUCCUCCAAGGAAUGCCGGCCAUUCAAUUACGGAGGUUGCCUUGGGACGAGAAAUCGAUUCUCCAACAAGCAAGAAUGCUUGAAGUCGUGCGUUUACAAGAUGAACGAUCCUGUCAGCUUGCCUGGUAAGUGAAAAUCAAAGGUUUCCUAUGAAGAACGUACAAAAAUAAAGGUGAAAAUGCACAAGCACUGUUCGAAAAUAAAAGUUUUCUUUGCACUGUGCAAUUUCUUGCUUUUUGCACCGUAAAAUAAGCUUUUCUCGGCUGUCGCUAGCAGUCUGAUUUUUGCGCAGUGCAAAAGGCCAAGAAUCAGCGACUUUCCGGGAUGACUAGCACUAAGGUUGAUCAAGUUCUGGGAUAGUUUUUCACCUAUUUUAAGGUAUUUUAUUUACAUUUAUUAGUUACUCCAAAAAAUAUCCAAAUAAAACUUAUUGUCAUAAGGGCCGACAACCCAGUAACGAGACAAGACGAGAGCUCAAGAGUCAAGUGAUUUAUUCAGUGGAAAGGAGGCCCUUUUAUAGGGAAGCCCCACGUAGGAAAGUACAAUCAAAUUUGAAUAAAUGUAGGUCGUUUCUGUUGGUAAUCUGAGUGGAGUUACCGGGAACAACAUGAGGCGAAACAACGGGGGAAUUUCGGUCUACAGGACUUGUAGCACCGACAAAAAGGGACGCUGGAUCAAAAAUACGAAAACCUAGAUGGGAUGACCUAAGGUUUGGAUAGGUGGUCGCCAUGUCACGACUUAGCUAUGAGUCGUGGUGUAAGUUGGCCCUUAACUUGCCCGCUACUACUAGUAUUCACUACCUAACCCGUAGACGCAAACUAGAGGACUCUGGCAAUAAAACUGUGAACUCACGAUAUUGACUCCAGACGAUGUGACCACAAUACGAAUAGACUACAGUAGAAAUACGAUUUAUUGCAAAUAUCCAACCGGGAAAAACAGACACAAAAAUAAUCCAAUCCUAAUUGGCGAUUUCUCUUCCUUUUAUACCAAUUUGUCGGUCAUUCCGUGGGAAUAUGCAAAUUCGCAUGCGAAGUCGUGACAGUGGGAAAAUUCUCGAAGCUAGGUCGUUCCGCCUCACACUUAUGGAUCAUCUUUUAUUAAGUUUUGGUCUCCGCAAAGCCUCUGCAGAGCCUCAGCCAAGCACUGUCAGGCCUCGUACGCCUUUGAGAAAAGUGUGCCGCAACAAAAAACAAACAAAAAAGUCUAUGCACUUUAUGGAAAGAAUAGUGUUACACUUCUGUUCAGGGCGUAGCUUACAAAAAGAAUAAUUUCGCCCUUUUCAGAAAUCUGCCUUCUCGAUGCAGACCCAGCCCACUGUUCGGACGAACGGGCCGGCCAAUGGUGGUAUUAUUUCAACGCCGAACUCGGAGUCUGCGACAAAUUUUAUUACUACGGCUGCGGUGGGAAUGACAAUCGGUUCUAUUCGUUGUAUCAGUGCCGGAAGGUUUGUGGAGAGCGAAUGGAUCCGCAGAUUGGUAAGAUUUUGUUAUUUUAUGCAUAAUAUGUAAUGAUAAAUAUAACAGACGGUCACAAGGGCGUAUUUUACAAUUUUUUUUUGUUCUUUUGACUGAAAAAUUACUCAAAGUGCCACGCUCAGAUUUUGACAAAACUUGGCACAUAUUUAGAAUGACUUUUUCUAAGACAUAUGUGAGAUUUUUAGCUCGCGCUUUGCAGAAACGACCGAGACUUUUAGCUCGAAAGAUGGAAAAAUUUUUACAUUUUUUUUGCGAAUUUUGGCAUAAAAAGUUUCAUAGCUAUUUCUACCACAAAGAGUGAUGUUUUCACAAAAAAUCAAUUUUUUCCGCGCGAAAUUCGCUAAGAUAUGGCCAAAAACUGGGGUUUUCUCUCUAACCGCUCUCCGCCUUUCGUGUACUCUCUCGGCAACAAAGAUAGUUGAAUAUCUCGGCUGACUAAAAUAAGAGCGUCACACUUUUAGCACUAUAUUUACCUUGUUAGCUCUAAAAUAAUCCAAACAUCCAAAAAAAGACAUUUUAUACGAUGAAACCUCUCUGAACAUGUUUCAUCGUAUAAAGUCGAACUCUUCUAAAAUUUUGAAAUUUUGAAACGAUAGUUUGAAAAAACUAUUGUUUUUUUGUAAAAUACUCCACAAAUCUCAGUGUCUAGACUAUGAAAAUAACUUCAGCUUGCGAAAGGUGCGACGUUCGGACGUCAUUUUGUCAAGCGGAAAGCAAAUACAAGUACAGUUGCCAAUGCCGCGAAGGAUAUAUCAAAGCGUCGAAUGGGGAUUGCGUCGACAUGGAUGAAUGCGAGCUGAUGCAAGCAGAAUGCGGAGACAAUUCGAGGUGUAUCAAUACUGUUGGGUCUUAUAAGUAAGUGCCAUAGAAAUGUGAAAACGUUAAUUUUUUAUACAAAAGAACUAUUUCAAGGCUGUGCGUUGUUUUUUCUUUGGUCGCCUUUCCUAAUUUUAUGGUCAAACUUUUUUUAACAGAUCGCAAGGGGAAAAACAUUUGUUAUAAAAGGGCUUCGUUAUAAGGACUUCAUUUUGGGUAGAAUUGAGUUUUGAAGCUUCAGAAAUAGUUCGUUAUUGACAACUUUUUUUCUAUGGGAGUUUGUUAUAUUGAGGCUCCACUGUUUAAAAUUCAAAAUUCCAUUUUAUACGAUGAAACAUGUCUACACAGGUUUCAUCGUAUAAAAUGUCACACUGACUGAACAUCCCGUUAAAAUUGUCACUAUGUGACGUGUUACGGUUGCAAAAACGUUUCUAGUAAAUUUGGCGAACUUCCAUUUUAUACGAUGAAACAUGUCUAGAUACGCUUCAUCGUAUAAAAUGUCACUCUGACCGAAUAUCCCGUAAAAAUUGCCACUGCGCGACGUGUUACGGUUGCAAAAACGUUUUUAAGAAAUUUGACUAAAUUCCAUUUUAUACGAUGAAACAUGUCUAGACAAGUUUCAUCGGAUAAAAUGCCCGAAAUAUCCAAAAACUAUAUUUUCUUGUAGAUGCGAAUGUCUGGAAGGUUAUGUUGGAGAUGGUAAAGAAUGCCGAUUUGUUGGGCCGGCGACUCAGACCGACGACUGUUCCAGUUGCAGUGAAAACGCGAUUUGUCGCGGAGGGAAAUGCCAAUGCAAAAUUGGCUUCGAAGGCGAUGGAUUCAACUGCACUGGUACGUAUUUAAAAAAAAUCAAAAGUUGCUUAAUUUUUUUGUUUGUAAAAUACGAAUUGUGUUCUCAUUCGUUUGCAUUUUUAGACGUCGACGAAUGCAUGAGUCCACUGCCAAAAUGUGACCCAAAUGCGGAAUGUUUCAAUACGAUUGGAUCGUAUUUGUGCGAAUGUAGCGUGGGAUUUGCGGGAAAUGGCUUCGAAUGCACGAAUAAUACGAGUAGGUUUCAUGUUUAUUUGUAAAAUACGAAACUCAAAGAAAUCGGAAUAAAACAAAAAAAAGCAAUAACAUUUUUUUUUGCCUAAUAAUUGUCAUGGUCCUAAAAGAUUUUAAGUAUAUAUACUUGGCACAAACUUUAUUUUUUUAUUUUUUUUUUUUGAAAAAAAGUUCCUUAUUCUGGCCACAACAAAGCUACUCUGUGAACUGCGCCCAAACUUGGGAACUAAAGUUAAGAAAAAAGGCUUCGACCUAACUGGCACAAUUACUAUAAUAGUUUUAAGGGUACCUACGAAGGCGAUGACGACUCAUUUAGUUCUAUACGGAGGCAGUAAAUUUAGUUCCGGACAUCUUUCGUCGUAUAAAGUGAAAAGUCGCAGGCUGCAACCCUUUUUGAAGGCUAAGGUUGUACGUAAAAAAGAAGGUACCUCACUAACUGAAUCCGCUGCCCGGGUAUUGACAACGCUGAAUUGAGCCUGUACGCUAAAUUUGAGCUAAUUCUGACCAGUUUCCGCAAGGUUAUCAGUUUUGGCCAGAAUAAGGAACUUUUACCAUUGGCACAAACUUAAUUUGUUUUUUUUUGUAGAAAUAUCCGAUUUCUUAUUUAAAAAUAUCAAAAAAACAUCUCUUCAGUUUCCUGUCUGGACAAGCAAUCGCGCGAUUACGAAGCCUCUUGUACCGGCGAAUACCGCGAACAUUAUUUCUUUGAUCACACUACGAAACAAUGCACAAUGUUCUGGUUCGACGGAUGCCCGAGUAAAUCGAGAAACAUCUUCUCGGAUCUGAGCACUUGCGAAGAGAUGUGUGUGAGGACGCAUAUUUUGAAAAAAGCUCGUAAGUUUUUUGGUUUUUUUUUGAGAUUGCUAUUUUAAGCAGGGAUAAUGUGCGCAAUUUUGAGAAUUUUAAAAGAAAAACGUUCUGAAUUUCAAAAUUUUUUAGAUUUUUUUGUAUUUUUUAAUAGUUAAAAUAGAUGAAGAAUGUAUUUGAAAUUUGCAAAAAAAUCUUACGUUAGAAAAAAUGAAAGCAAUAGUUUUUAUUGUUCUUGGCAUUUUUUAUUUUUGAUAUAUUUUUUAUAUCUUUCUUUUAUUUAAAAAGAUGUGUUAAAAUUUUGCGAUUUUUUUACAGAUUCCGCAUUUUACAAAUUCUUUCAAAUUCUAUAAUUUUAUAUUUUUUAAGAAAUAAAAAAUAAAUAAUUUUUUUUGGAUAAAAUGAAAUGGUUACUUUAUUGACUGAGAAUAUAUUUUAGGAUUUUAAAAAUUCACGUAUUUUACAAAUUCCAUUUUAAAAAUUUUUGAUUUUCAAAAAAUUUUUACAUUUUUUUUAGAAAAGAAUGGAACUUGAAAAAAAACGUAUUUUACAAAUCUCUUUUUUUAUUUGCUUAAAAUGUUUUUUGGUGUUUUUUGAUCGAAACUAUUAUUCCCGUAUUUUACAAUUUUUUUUAUUUUUUAUUUUCAGUAAAAAAUUUUUAAAAAAUUUAUAUUUUUUAUGAAAAAAGGAAUGAUUAAUGAUUUAAAAUUUCACUUUUUUUUAAACAUUUUUGAUACUUUUUAAGUUUUUUUUCAAACGAAUCAAUAAUGGCAGUAUUUUACAAAUUCUUUUUUUUUAUUUUUUUCAAAUUCUUUUUUUUUUCUUAUUCAUUUUCAAAAAACAAUCUUGUUGAAAUUUAUCCUUUCAACACUCCGUCAAAAAAAUGUCAUCCUGCGCUCCCUUUGCACUCUAAACUCCCCAUCUCUUGCCCUUAUUAUCACCCUCGCCUCCCUUUUUUAUAAUCGUAUUUGGAGCAUCGUUUCCCAGUCAAAAAAUCUCCGUUUCGUCGAAAAACUUGGGAAAAAACUUGAAUCCCCCAAGGAUCCGGGGCCUGGCCGAAAUCCUUUUUUAUUUAUUUCUUCGGCGGAGAAUUUCGUUUUUUUCAAUUCUUUUCGGAUCAAAGGACCACAGGACUGGUUUUACAAAAGAAAAAGGGCCGUGAAAGUCGGGGAUCUUCUGAGAUUUUUUGGUUUUUUGUUUUGUCGGCAGGGUGUGCUGAGAAUUUUAGGAAGUUCUUUGAGUACUGUAGAUCAUUUUUUGGAUCAUCUUUCUUUUUGCAAAGAGAUCGAUAGAUUUUAAAACAAAAUUUUUUGUUUGCAAGCCAUAGGCGUCGGGCAAAGACUUUUUUGUUUUUCGUCCUGUCGGAAGGGUGUGCUGACAGUCUUAGAGAGUAUUGUACAUCAUUUUUUGGGUCGUCCUUGCAGCCUUUUCGAGUAAAAAAUGAAAAAAUAAACGAUUUCUCAGACUUCUUAGUUUUUUCUUUUGUCGAAAGGGUGUGCUGAGAAUUUUAGAAAGUUUUGUGGGUGCUGUAGAUCAUCUUGUGGGUCGACUUCGCAGUUUUUUUGGAUGAAAAAGUAGAAGAGAAUAAAAAAGGAUUUCUCAGAUUUCGGGCAAUGAAUUUUUGGUCUUUUGCUAUGUCAAAAGGGUGUGCAGGGAAUUGUAGUAAGUUGUGUGAGUACUGUCAAUUACCUUGCGGGUCGAAUUUGCAGUCCUUUUUGGAAGAAAAAAUAGAAAAAAAGACAAAAAUUUGGAAAAUUUUUUGUUUCGCAACCGGCGUGUAAGGCCUCGGGCAAUGACUUUUUUAUUUUUUUUUGUUUUGUCGGAAGGAUGUGCUGAUAAUUUUAGAAGGUUUUGUGAGUACUGUAGAUCAUUUUUUGAGCCGGCAGUCUUUUUCGAUUAAAAAAAAUUAGACAUUACAAAAACAUUUUAUUUGCAAAGUGAGCCUCAGGCGUCGGGCAAGGGCUUUUUUAGUUUUUUUUUUGUGUCGAAAAGAGGUGUUGAGAAUUUUAAAAGGUCUUAUGAGUACUGUAAAUCAUUUUCUGUCAGAAUUUUUAGUUUUUUGGAAGGAAAAAGUUAAAAAAUUUGAAAAAAAAUAAUAUUUUCAAUUGAAGCCAAGUGGACGCUAAAGGUGAUGGUUGUAUAGCUUGCUUACAAUGCGAAUGCAAAAUUUAAGGAAAAUCUGAAUGAUUUUUUUCUAAUUUUUUAUAUUUAAAACAAUAGAAAAGAAAAAUAUUUAAAAAUCAAAAAAAAAAUCAAAAAGUAAUUUUUUCACUGUAACCUUCCCCCUAUCUCUACAUUUUUUAAAUAUACAUUUCUUGUUUGUCAAAAAAAUUCUCAACCCUCCAAAAAAGGAGCGGCCGAAUAACCCAGAUUAAAUAAUCUGGUGAGAAAAGAAUGGCCUGAAGAAGUCUCCAUUUCGCUCUUUGGCCGGCUUUUCGGACCGAACUUUUCCGUUUUUGUUUUCCUUUACAGCUUGCGAUGUUCAUCUUUGGGGCAUUCACAUCAAGUUUGGGAGGAGAUGGAUGACAGCUUUUGAGCUUAAAAGUUGAAUUUUUGAGGAAAAUUUUUUGGGGUUUUUUGUUGUAUUAGCGGGUAAAAUUUUGCGAAAAAUUUGGAUUACGCUUAUCAUAAAUUAUUUUUAACUUGCUAUUGGCAAAAAAUAUAGCGAUUUUUUGGUCGAAAAAUGUGAAAAAUUUUUUAAUUUUGACGAUUUUUAUGGUUCAAAAAAAGCUGUGUAAUUUCUGCUGAAAAUUACAUUUUUUCAGCGAAAGAAAUUACAAAGUUAGAGGCUAAAAAGCGAUUUUUGAGAUGAAAAAAAAAUUUUUAUACACUUUUGAAAACAAAAAUUAAUAAAUAUUAUUUCCACUCGUACCGUAAAAAACAGUUAAAUUUUUUUUUAUUUUCUGAUGGUAUAAGAAGAAAUUUUGAUCAAAAAGAAACUCAAAAAAGUAUCCAAAAAUGAUUUUUGGAUACUUUUGGACACUUUUCAGGCCGGUUUAAAAAUUUGUCGCUUUUCUGACGACGUCACAAAAAAUUUUUGCCAAAGACCUCAAAAAUUAUCCAAAAUAUUUUUUGGAUACUUUUUGAUACUUUUUCAAAACACCCGAAUUUUUUUUGGAUACUUCUUGAUACUUUUUAAGACAGACUAAUUUUUUUUUUUAUUUUUUGAUGACAUUAAAAGAAAUUUACCAAAAAAGUUAUCAAAAAACCUCAAAACUAUUUUUUGGAUACUUUUUAAUACUUUUUUCAAACCCUCCAAAAUUUUUUGGAUACUUUUUGAUACUUUUCAGGCCAGUUAAAAAAAUUUUUAUUUUUGAUCGUAUCACAAAAAAAUUUUGCCAAAAAAAUCCUCAAAAAUCCUUAAACCUACAGGGUGUCCCAAAAAAAAUGCAUGUUAUUUUUAUGGCUACAUUUUAUAUACCAAACAAAAUUUAGCCAAACUAACUAUGGAUAUCAGUAACAUAGAGGAUUAUUGAUAACAUAUCAAGCCAGUUUCACAGUGGCUGCCCUUGGUGGCGAUAUAGAGCUUCAAAAGUAACUUAAAAUUUUGGGCUCGGGGCCGCAGCCUUUUUCGAGGAAAUCGGUCCCGUUCUUGGCGCAACGAUUACUUUGCCAUUCCAAACUUUUGUGGUGUGUAGUACAGGCAAUGGCCUCCAAUUGAAAAAAAAAUAUAGUCAAUCGGAUUCAGGUCCGGCGAGCAGACGGUCGUUUUGUGGACGGGGUGAAAUCGGGAAAAUCGGUCCCAUUUCGGGUCCUGAGUCGAUUUUGCCUUGUGAGCCGGCGCUGAGUCUAUCAAGGACGCCAAAUUUGCAUUGCCGAGGUUCUGCUGAGUCAACAGAAGUACGGGAAAAUCAAGAUUAACGCGGUGCUAAAAUUUUGCCCCCUUGAUCCGAGAAAACCAUGGAAUUCUUGCCGCUGGGAGAAAUUCCGCCUUAGGCGAUGACGGCCCGGAUUUUGACGGUUUUCGACGUUAGCCGACAUGCCGAGGGCCUCAUCUAAGAAGAACCUAUUGCUUUGGUGGUUGUGCAUCCGCCAAAUAUUGAACCACGAACGAAUGCGCUCACGUCUGUGAGUUGCGGCCCAGCCCUUGAGUUUUCUACAUUUUUCGCGCCGCACGCACUUGCCGUCUACGUUAACGAUCUGAGCUUUUUACAGCUUAUACAGCGUAAGGCAUAGCUCAUCAUAGACUAUUCGGGUGACCGAUCGGUCGCUGAUGCCGAUCUCACAGGCAAAUUUUUCUUGAAAAUAGCGUUUUGCUGUUGGUGAUCUCCCGGUUGACAGAACCGCUGGCGGUGCGUUUUCCUUUACGUCCUGGACGCCUACAAUCGUUAUCAAGCUCCUUACAUCGCGUGAUUACUUUUGACGCAACGUCCUUUCUAUACUGGGCAAAUUUACAACUUGAACGGCUCAAAAAUAGUGACAAAAUCGCAGUUCCUUUGUUUGACAUUUAAAAAAACCAUGCUACUUAAUCGAUAUGAACACAAAACUGAAAUGACGAGGGCAGAAAAACACGGAGAUUUUAGCAGUACAAAAAUCUUUUGGCCUGACCUAAACAUUUUCGCGUCAGGACCCAUGUUAAAAAACAUGCAUUUUUUUUGGGACACCCUGUAUUUUUGGAUACUUUUUGAUACUUUUCCAAAACCUCUAAAAAGUCGUCAAUUUCCAAAAGAUUUCAUUCGAAAAAUUACCCAUUUCUCACCCACUACCCAUAUAAAAGACAUAUGUUUAUCCGGCGUUCCCUUUGUCCCCGAAGGCCUGAAAACAUUUAUAAAAGCGCGACGAUUUAUUUCCGCCCGUUUGGCGGCCGAAUCAGAUAAGGGAGGGAAGAUGCGGCCCGAACAACGUAGCAUGUGGACUCGCAAAUUUUUGGGUUUGGAAAUUUGGGGAGGGGUUCCGAAUUUGAUAGCCAAAUUCGAGAUUGUCAGACGAUUAUAUUACAUCUACAUUCGCUGUUUGUCGUGAUGACAAACAAACAUUUUUGAGGGAGAUUUGAAAAAUAUUGGAUGAUUUUGGUGAUGACGUUGGGCAGAAAAAUAAAUGAGAUUUUUAGAUUUAUUGCGCUUUGAAAUCGCUUAUUGCCACUUUGCGACGACUUGCCGCGGUCAGAGGUUUUGCGACGAUUCGAAAAAUUUUGCUCCUAAAAAUCCACAUUAUUUUCCCGACCGAUUGAUAUUAGUAUUAUAUUUUCAUAAAGUGCAUGGACAUUUUUUCCGCGCCAUGUGCAAAAAGUCCGUGCAUUUUACCAUUUUUUUGGUUUGGCAGAUUGUUGUGCAUCGGAUAUAUUAAUACUAUCGCCGCCAGUAGGCUUUUUUCAACUUUGUCAUAGCGUUUCUCCUCCUGAAGAACUUGCACAGUGCAAACAGUGUUUUUUUGUGAUGUGCACUGUGCGAAAAAACAAAGGCACUGUGCUUUGGCGGCGAGUGCGGAGAAAAGUUCAAAAUACACUAUGCGAAAGAGAACAAAUGUCCAUGCACUUUAUGAAAAUACUAAUAAAAGUCUGUCGGAAAAAUAAUGUGGAUUUGUUGCAGAAAAAAGUGUCUCGCUUCAUAUCUUUUUAAAUUCAAGAAAAUUUUGAUUAUGUCGUUUUCCGUAUUUUACAUAAAAAUUUUCUCAAUUCCCUACCACCUUCUCCACACUUAUUCCACUUCUUGCUCAUCAACUCCCCUCAGUUUACCCUUCCGCUCCUAAUCUUCCAAGUCCAAUAUAGACUUGCUCGCUUAUCCCCCCACUCCCCGCAAUUUAAUGCAUCUCGCGCUCUUUCGGUGGACAUUCGGCCGCUUACAAGUGGAUAUUCGUUUACGUUUUUGGCGGCGCCACGGGAAACCGAGAAUGGACUGAAAGGCGGCGGGGCGGCGAGGUUAUGCGCGCAAAGAUUGCGGGAAGGGCGCCGGACUCGGGAAAUUAGCCAUGGAUUUGGGCGAGGUUUAAUUACUUUUAAUGGACAUGACAUGGAGCUGUAUGUGCGCGGAAUUCUAGGGCUAUUGGAGGGCUGGGAUGGAUUUUGGGCAGGGUUGAGCAAGAGGGGACCAAACCUAUGGAGAGAUGAGAUUUUGGGGCUGGGUUGAGUAAGAGGCUGGGGCUAAGGCUGGGCUGGGAUAAAAUUCGAGAUUUUGGGCGGGGUUGAGCUGGAGGAAACCAAGCCUUAGAAGGGAUGAGAUUUUAGGACUGAAAUGAGUAAGAAGCUGGAGCUAUGGCUGGGCUGGGACAAAGUGUUUACCUUGAGGCUGGGUUUAAGGGAACCCCAGGCUGGGCUGGGAUUUGGAGGCAGGGUUUAGUAAGAGGGACCAAGGCUGGGAUGGCUUGGGAUAAACUUGAGAUUUUGAGACCGGGCUGCGCAAGAGGGGAUCAAGUAUCAUUUUGUCGGGAAAAUUAUCAGCACAAUGUCGCUGCCCUAUUGCUUCGCUGAGAAAAUGAAUUGUGUUACGGCAAAACCAAAUUUUGUGGAGACUUUGUUUCCGUUUCCAUAUUUGACCAUAAUAUCCGAAGAUAUUCUGGUUAUUUUAAUCUAAAAUCCCAUUUCUACAACUUUUUACUCGUUAUUUUGACAUAUUUCAUCUAAUGACCAUUUUAUACGACGAAACAUGCUUAGAGAGGUUUCGUCAUAUAAGAUGUCUCAAAAAGCUUUUUGAAUAUCUUGGAUGCUCCUGCCAGACGUAAACUGAAAUUUUCAACAAAUCAUGGCGAAAAAUCUCGUUCUAAAACAUGUUUAUUUAUGUUUCCUUGCACUCCAAUCAAUCGACUAUACGAAGUCCCGAUCAGAUCUUAUUUAUCAAACUUCAAGCUCCUCAUUUUUUUUGAUCUUGUCAGUUUUUUAUAACCAAAAGAUUUGUCAAAUUAAUCUUAGUUUAUAUCGCUUAAUCCAUUCGAAUUUUUUUGCUCAAACCCCUUGCUCCCAUCCCGUCUUUUUGUGCCAGCGGACCUCCAGCGGCGCCUCCAAAGUCAUGGAAAUGGGUAUGCAGAUAAUAAUCAUUAUGUUUUCGGCCAUUCCGGCCAUAUGCGGAAAGGGGAAAACAAAGUUUUUCAGAACGGGAAUUGAAUUUUGAAAUCUUUUUAAAAAGCAAAAUUUUUGUCAUUCUUUGACCUUCAGGACAAAGGGACUUUUCGUACAACUUUAAGUGAUGUUUUCUGUAUUGUUUCGUAAUGUACUGCACGAAAUUUUAGCUCUAAAAGUGACGUUUUAUACGACAAAAACUUUCCAAACAGGUUUUAUCAUAUAAAACGGUAGCUUCAUAAAAUUUUGUAGAGAUAAUUUAGAUAGGUCUCCAAUCAAUCGCUGAAAAUUUUAUCUCUAAAAGUGACAUUUUAUACGACAAAAACUUUCCAAACAUGUUUCAUCGUAUAAAAUGGAAUCUUCGCAAAAAAAUAAAAGUAGUUUAGAUGGGCUUCUAAUCAAUUUCUGAAGGGUUGUAGCUUCUAAAAUUGACAUUUUAUACGAUAAAACCUGUUUGGAAAGGUUUUAUCGUAUAAAAAUGUAUCUUUAUAAAAUGUUGCAAAAAAAGUCGGGAUGGGCCUCUAAUCAGCUGCUGAAACUUUUAUCUCGUAAUUUCGAACGGCAUCUUGGAUAUUCAGCGAACAUUUUUUUGCGAGGGAUCAUGGGCAAAAGGAGAGCCGGCCAUAGAAAAAAAGGUUCUCCGCCAUUUCAAUUUUGAUGACGAGAACAUGGAAAAAUGCAGAGGGCCGUCAGGGAAGCUAUUUCUUUUUUUCAUGCGCAAUUUUUAGCAAAAUUUUAACCGUAUUUUAAGCUGAAAAUGCAAAAAAAUCGGAGUGAGACAUGACUCAAUUGUUUGUACAACAUUUUUAGACCACCUUCUUGGUUAUGAGGUAGUUAAAAUUUAAAUUUAUGCGCCUCAUAAAAAUUACCCUUCUUUUAGAAAGAAAUUCUCAUCGCGUCUUACCCCUUAUUUUCACCUUUUUAAAAUACGCUCUAUUUUUGUCGAGGUAUAAAAAGUUAUAUUUUCAGGUACUCAAAAUCGGAAAAAAAUAUUUUUUUUAAAGUUUUGAAAAAAUGAAACUGUAAAUUUUCCAAAAAUUUUAAUUAUUAUAAAUUUGAGUCACAUCACAGAAAAAUGAUGACAAAAUUGUGCACAUUAGACCUGUUGGCUUUUGUUUUACUGCCAUUUAUCCAAUUCAUCACAUCUUCAGAGGUUUGUUGGGACAAAUUUGAUGAGAAUUUGAAAAAACCGUGCAGACAAGGUGAGUUUUUUUUUAAUUUAAAAUUUUUAUUUGUGAUUUACUACCAAAAUAUAAGGUUAUUUGAAAAUUCAGAGCAAAUUCUUUUCUGGCCAAAAAAAACCAACUUUUUUCCACACGAAAUUGGCCGAGAAAUGGCCAAAAAGGAAUUUUUCUCUGACCACUCUCCUCAUUUUCCACACUCUCUUACCAAAUCGAUUGUUGAAUAUCUCAGCUGCGCGUAUAGAUAACGAGCUGAAAUUUACAGAGAUUGAUUACAACCUCAUUUACACUAUUUUUACAAAAUUUGAAGAAGAUACCAUUUUAUACGAUGAAACAUGUUUGGAAAUGUUUAAUCGUAUAAAAUGUCACUUUUAAGGAAAACUGGAGAUUGUAGAAUGCUUUUUUAGUAAUUUGAUUGUUUUGUAUUCAAAAACCUUUUUGAACAAGUCUUUUCCAGGCAAAUGGGAGCAAAAAUAUUUUUACGACCACACCUCGAUGACUUGUCAGCUUUUUUGGUACGAUGGAUGUCGAACUGAGAGCCGGAAUUUCUUCAACGACCGUCUAAAUUGUCAAUGGUUGUGUGAGGAACAGGCCAAAUACAAGGACAGUAAGUCUUUCCCACGGUAAAAUACGGUUUUCUUUGGACCUCGGCAAUCUUACGUCUUUGCCCAUAAUUCAUAAUUUUUUCACGUUUUUUGUCCAUAAUUUUUGGCUUUCCUUCAGAGUCAUGUCUUGAGCCCUUCGAUGAGCAUUAUCGCGACGAAUGCAGUGGUGGGAAAUGGCGACAACAAUAUUAUUUCAACAAAAAGGACAAGGUGACCUCAAAAUCUCCAUUUUUUUGAUUUUUUCACUAAAAAAUCGCAAAAAAGUUUUUUAAAAUAGCCAACAGAGAGAAAGGAGAAGCUUUGUAGAGGUUUAUUUUACUCUUUUGUUGUAGUAAAUUCACUUUUUUUCGCUCUUUUUUAGCGUUGCACUCCAUUUUGGUACGACGGAUGCCGUGGAACCAGCCAAAACCUCUAUUCCGACCUGAACACUUGCCGAUCCGUAUGCGAAAUCCCGGCGCAAGGUCAGUUCACAUGUUUAUUUUUGGUUUUGACAAGUUUUCUCCGUCGAAAAACAAAGAAAAUUGCGAAAAAAAGCGGGCCUUUUCUCCCUUCCCCGACCCCGUUCCCAUGGCUCUUUUGGAAUGAGAGAAACGAAAGAGCGCCGGAACAGAGCCUCCUUAGCUCAGCGGUAGAGCGUUGGACUUUUAAUCCAACGGUCAGGGGUUCGAUCCCCCUAGGUGGCUUGACAUUUUUUUGGUGUUUUCAGAAGAGUUUAGUGUAAAAUAGAUGUUUUGUUUUUGUAAAAUACGAAGAGUAAGACAUUUCAAUUGAUUUUUCGCCGAUUUUUUAAAAGAAAAAAUGAGAAAAAAAAUCGUCAAUCCAAAAAAAUCGAAUUAUUUUGGAUUUCUAAGGAGAUUUUGACGUAAAAUAACUGUUUAUUUUGUAAAAUACGAAAUAACAUGUUACUCCAUUUAAUUUUUUAUCAAUUUUUUGAUAGAAAAAAUAAAAAAAAAAUGGUAAAUCCAUAAAAAAUUCAAAUUUUUUCAAACUUCGCAUAUGUUUCAGAAGCCGAAAAAGAAAAUCAGCAGAGCCAUAAAGCCCUCACAGACCGAAAUCAGAAUCAGCACACCCAAAAUAUCCCGCAAAAUGGCCAAGUAACUCAUCAACAUCGGCAUCAUCAAAAGCCGUUUACUGUUCGGCCAGUCAGUAAAGAAGAAGGUCUAAAAUACUCUGAAGGCCAUGAAAAUGGAAGAGCGACCGUUGCAACGUCUGCUGAGAGGACUCGAGGUGGGUUUUGGGUCAAAAAUUUAUAAAAACUUGUAAAAACUGGGAUUUUUUUGGGGUAUUUAUGGAAAAUUGGAGAUUUUUAGUUGUUUGAGUAGUUUGAAAUACGAUUUUUAGUAUACAGUACAACAUAGAGGCCCUAAUUUUUCUAUUUUCCCACUUUCCCAACCUUAUUUUACCUUACCUCAUCUCUUGCGCACCUAUGUCGCUAUAGCGCAGAGGUUGUGGUUUUAAAUCCCACUCGAAAACUCACGGGUUCGAUUCCCCGCGGAAUAAAACCUACCUAUUUCCUGAUUCCAGCCCCAUUGAAAACCAUAUCGAGGCCGCUAAAUGGCCCAUAUGGCUCUAGUGGAGGCCAAACUAACUGAUAAUCGAAAAUACUCCAUAGCUACCCCUCAAUUACUAUGGUUGUAGAUAUAAUUAUCUACAUUUUUUGGGGUUUGUGACCUAUUUUUCGAUUUUUAAAAAAAAAUCUUGCGUAAAAUCGCAAAAUUUAAUUGUAGGGCCACAAGAAGUAAGUCAGCGACCAACUCCACCGUCCAGGAACAUUUGUGAACGCGAAAAUCCCUGUCAAAACGGGGGGAAAUGCGUGUUCGAUCGGACAAAACAGACACACUUUUGCGAGUGCGACAACGGCUUCAAAGGGAAGAAUUGCGAAAUUUUUGAUGGUAAGUCGAUCAUACACAGUGUGAAAAUAUAUUCUAAAUUUAGAUUCCGAUCCAUGCUCAAGUGCCCCAUGCAAAAAUGGAGGUUCUUGUGGGCCGAAAAAGGCGAAGAAAAAAUCGGAUGACGUUCCCUACGAAUGCUUCUGCCCCUUCGGAUUUGGUGGACUGACUUGUGAAGAGAGUAAGUUUAGAUACUAUAAAGACUCUACUAUCACCGUAGAUAUGUAAUUUUGUCUUGGGUUACUGUGGUUUUUCAAAUUUUUCGUUUUUUCAUUUUCCCCCUAAAACUUGAUGCCUAGUAUAAUAUCGAGCGUAGCUCUGCGAUUUUUUUGCAGAAGACAGAAGGAUUAACGUGUUUUACAAUCAAAUAUCAUAGGCUAAGAGAUCCUGCAGCAGUUUUUGAUUUAAUGCCUCAGGGCAUUUUUUAUGGAGGUUUCUUUUGAACAGCCCAAAGUAGGGUGAAUUAAUAGAAAAAAGGCUAUAUUUCAGCGAAUGAUGGUAUGAUGAUACUAUAGUUUUUUGAGAUUAGUGUAAUUGGCAUAUGUUACCAUGCCUUUAAAAAUUAUUUUGAUUUUUGCAGCGUAUAAAUUUUUUUGAACUUUUAAAAAAUUUUUGACGAAAAAUUUUACAAGCGCUUUGAUCGUCGUAUUUUACAACCGUAGUAACAUAAAAUUUUGUUAUGUUAUAAUAAUAGAUGUCAAUUUUACUAUGCUGGUUGAUUUUUAAUUUUCAGCCCUCAGGCAAUAUAGAAAAUCAUCAUUUUUUAUCAUCACCCAUUUUUCAGAGCCCUGCGCCUCGGCACCGUGCAAAAACGGCGGUACCUGCCGCACCACCGUCGGCAAUCCCCCUUAUUUCUGCGAAUGCCCCGAGGGCUUUGGCGGCGCGACCUGCGCCACCGCCCUCCAAACCAAAGAGAAGCCCAAAUUCGGGAAGAAUGUGGAAUUGAUCUCGUCGGGCAAGGCCGAAUGGAUCGAGGAGCUGCGAAAACAUCAAGAGAAACAGCAACAACGACAACGCGCCGCCACCGGCAACUACACCAUCGAAGCCGAUGACGCCCCGGUGGAGGUGAAUGGGACUUUCGGGCAGCAGUUGCGCAGCAAGACCACAAUUCGACAGCUGAAAGGAGCCGAUGAGCAGAACGCCGCGGCCACAAAUAUCGUCUUUAUGGCCGUUUUUUGUUGCAUUUUUGCGAUUAUUUUGCAGUUUUGA